AGGAAUUUGGCUUAAAACAAACAAUAUCUAUCCGGUAUUGUGGUAAUAAAGGGCGCGUUUGUGUAGUGCUGCUGUCUAUGUAGGGAGCUCGUGUGGUUUUGACACGCGCACAUUGAACAGUCGCAUCAGCUGCAGGAAGUAUCGACACAAACACGGGGAUGUUGCACAUCAUCUAACAUCACACUGCCUUCAGAGAGGACGAAGGGGUGCAGAUAUGUUUCAGUGUUUCUUUCAGAUACACAUGGUUUUCUGAACUGGGAUCAGAGCCCGACGACUCACCAUGGAGAUAGCUGUAGCCAAAAUACUGUGCCUGUUGGGGAUCUUUGCCCUUAUGUUAGGUGGGAUCCUCAUCCCCGUGAGGAUGAUGCAGACAGAGUUUGAUAAAGUUACAAGGUACAGAAGAGUGGUUGCAUUCAGCAAUUCAUUUGGAGGAGGUGUAUUCCUGGCCACCUGCUUUAAUGCUCUUUUACCAGCAGUAAGAGAUAAGGUAGAGGAAGUCUUAAAAUCGCUAAAAGUCACCACCGACUACCCGCUGGCAGAGACGAUGAUGAUGCUUGGCUUUUUCCUCACAGUGUUUGUUGAACAAGCCGUGCUUACUUUCCGCAAGGAGAAGCCAUCGUUCAUCGACAUGGAGACGUUUAACGCUGGGGGCUCGGAGGCGGGGAGCGACUCAGAGUAUGAUACUCCAUUCAUUGCCACCCCUCGGGCUUCGGCCGGAGCCCACCACCAUCAUUCUCAUCAACACGGACACUUCAGCCCCUCAGAGCUGACGCGUGCCGGACCGUUAAGAUUAGCCAGCCUGGUGCUGGCGCUUUCUGCUCACUCGGUCUUUGAGGGGCUCGCGCUGGGCCUCCAGGAAGAUGGCGCUAAGCUCGGAAGCCUCUUCAUUGGAGUGGCCAUCCAUGAGACUUUGGCUGCCGUGGCUCUGGGGGUUAGCGUAGCAAAGGCAGGAGUGCCCUUAAGGGAUGCCGUUAAGCUGGGCCUGACAGUGAGUCUUAUGAUCCCUCUGGGCAUCGGGAUCGGGAUGGCCAUUGACACGGCCCAGAACUUGGCAGGUAGUAUCGUCUCUGUAGUGCUGCAGGGAAUGGCAGCCGGUACUUUCCUUUUCAUUACGUUUUUUGAGAUUCUUUCUCGAGAGCUGGAGGAUAAACAUGACAGGCUGCUGAAGGUCCUGUUUCUGGUUGUGGGUUAUGGUGUGCUAGCUGGGCUUGUCUUUAUCAAAUGGUGAAUGGACUUUGAAAGUCUUUUUUAUUAUUUAUUUCCAAACUUUAUCUCUCUCUCUCUGUCUCACACUGGGAAUUUAUAUUGUUUUAUCAGAUCCAAAAUGUCUUCUGGUAAAGAUUAACAUUUAUUUUGGAUAACAGAAUGAAUCCAUAUUAUGAUUUAAAGGGACAUUCCUUUUUUUUAAAUAUGCUCCUUUACCAGCUCCCCUUGAGUUAAACAUUUGAUUUUUACUGUUUUGUAAUCAAUUCAGCUGAUCUCCGGGUCUGGCGCUACCACUUUUAGCAUAGCUUA